AUGGCGAUCCGAAUAGUAAGACGCGCACAUGGCGUCGCACGGAGUCUGUCUCUCCGAAGAGCUGCCAACAUUUCUCAGAAUGCUGUGCGGCCCUACAGCCAACAGAAACCAGAACUCGACAUAGACCAGCUCCUCUCGACGCCAACCUGGUCGGUAUCUUCUCUUUUACCCAGCAGUAGCAGCUCCUCCUCAACGCCGCAAAUCACAUCUAAACAGCUUCACCAUAUGCUCCGACUCUCAGCUCUACCACCACCAAAAGACGCCGCAGAAGAGCUGAAGAUGCUCUCGACUUUCUCAUCACAACUGCAUUUCGUAAAAGACAUUCAACAAAUGGAUACAACAGGCGUAGAGCCGCUCAGAAGUCUACGAGACGAGACACAACAAGGAGAAAAGGAGGCAGAGCUUGGUCUGGACGCAUUGAAAGUCGCUCUGGAAAACGAGGAGAUCCGAGGCAGGUGGCAUAAGCGGAUCCGGCGGCAGAGAAAGCCUGCGGAUUCGCAGAGAUGGGAUGUUUUGGGCUGUGCGAGCAAGAAAGUGGGGAGAUAUUUCGUGGUCGAGGGAGGGAAAGAUGGGUGA